CCGCGUGAUGACGUCGCCGUCCCGGGCGGAGGCGGGCGUGCGGCGGAGCCGCGUCCCCUCAGAGGGGCGCCGGCGCGGAGCUGAGCCGCCCGGGAUCCGCGCGAGCACGCAGCCCGCCUCGGCCGGGAGGGCGGCGCGGCACGGCGGGGCGAUGAGCGGCGCCCGGGGCGAGGGCCCGGAGGCGGGUGUCGACGGGGCCGGGGGCCGCGCGGCGCCCGAGAACCCCGGGGGCGUGCUGAGCGCGGAGCUGCCCGGGCUGCUGGCGCAGCUGGCGCGGAGCUUCGCGCUGCUGCUGCCCGUGUACGCGCUGGGCUACCUGGGGCUCAGCUUCAGCUGGGUGCUGCUGGCGCUCGCGCUGCUCGCCUGGUGCCGCCGCAGCCGCGGCCUCAAGGCCCUGCGUCUGUGCCGCGCGCUGGCGCUGCUGGAGGACGAGGAGCGCGCCGUGCGCCUGGGGGUGCGCGCCUGCGACCUGCCCGCCUGGGUUCAUUUUCCAGACACUGAAAGAGCAGAAUGGCUAAAUAAGACCGUAAAACACAUGUGGCCUUUCAUUUGCCAAUUUAUAGAGAAGUUGUUUCGAGAAACUAUAGAACCAGCCGUGCGGGGAGCAAACACCCACCUUAGCACCUUCAGUUUCACGAGGAUCGACAUGGGCCAGCAGCCCCUCAGGAUCAAUGGUGUUAAGGUAUAUACUGAAAAUGUAGACAAGAGACAAAUUAUUUUGGACCUUCAGAUUAGUUUUGUAGGAAAUUGUGAGAUUGAUUUGGAGAUCAAACGCUAUUUUUGUAGAGCUGGUGUGAAAAGUAUUCAGAUUCAUGGUACCAUGCGGGUGAUUCUGGAACCGUUGAUUGGAGAUAUGCCUUUAGUUGGAGCUUUGUCUGUCUUCUUCCUUAGGAAACCACUUUUAGAAAUUAACUGGACAGGACUGACGAAUCUUCUGGAUAUCCCUGGAUUGAAUGGUUUAUCAGAUACUAUCAUUUCGGAUAUAAUAUCAAAUUAUCUGGUGCUUCCCAAUCGAAUCACCGUUCCUCUUGUCAGUGAAGUUCAGAUAGCUCAGUUGCGGUUUCCUGUACCAAAGGGUGUUCUAAGGAUACAUUUUAUUGAAGCUCAGGAUCUUCAGGGGAAAGACACUUACCUUAAGGGACUUGUCAAGGGAAAGUCGGACCCCUAUGGAAUCAUUAGAGUUGGCAACCAAAUCUUCCAAAGCAAAGUCAUCAAAGAGAACCUCAGUCCAAAGUGGAAUGAAGUAUAUGAGGCUUUAGUGUAUGAACAUCCUGGACAAGAAUUAGAGAUUGAGCUCUUUGAUGAAGACCCAGACAAGGAUGACUUUUUAGGAAGUCUUAUGAUUGAUCUUAUUGAAGUUGAAAAGGAGCGCCUUUUAGAUGAAUGGUUCACUCUGGACGAGGUUCCCAAGGGGAAGCUGCACUUGAGACUGGAGUGGCUCACGCUAAUACCAAAUGCAUCGAACCUCGAUAAGGUGCUAACUGACAUCAAAGCUGACAAAGACCAAGCCAGCGAUGGUCUUUCUUCUGCAUUGCUGAUCUUGUACUUGGAUUCAGCAAGGAACCUUCCAAGUAACCCAUUAGAAUUUAACCCCGAUGUCUUGAAGAAGACUGCAGUUCAGAGAGCUUUAAAGUCGGGAAAGAAAAUAAGCAGCAACCCAAACCCUCUUGUCCAGAUGUCAGUUGGGCACAAGGCCCAGGAAAGCAAGAUUCGAUACAAAACCAACGAACCUGUGUGGGAAGAAAACUUCACUUUCUUCAUUCACAAUCCCAAGCGCCAGGACCUUGAAGUUGAGGUCAGAGACGAGCAGCACCAGUGUUCGCUGGGGAACCUGCAGAUCCCCCUCAGCCAGCUGCUCACCAGUGAGGACAUGACACUGAAUCAGCGCUUCCAACUCAGCAACUCGGGUCCAAACAGCACUAUCAAGAUGAAGAUUGCGCUCCGGGUGCUCCGUCUCGAAAAGCGAGAGAGACCUCCAGACCACCGGCACUCGGCUCAAGUCAAACGGCCCUCGGUGUCCAAAGAGGGGAGGAGAACAUCUGUCAGAUCUCACAUCUCCGGGUCUCCAGGCCCUGGCGGCAGCGACACAGCUCCAUCCGCACCAGUCACUGGGGGCGGCGAUAAGCCUGGUGUGGAAGAAAAGGCCCAGCCCCCUGAGGCCGUCCCUCAGGGGCUGCAGGACGUGGGCAGAGGCCCCUCCAGCCUCCUGGGCUCCCCAGGCCACGUCUCGGUCAAGGAGCCCACCCCCAGCAUCGCCUCAGACAUCUCGCUCCCCAUCGCCACACAGGAGCUGCGGCAAAGGCUGAGGCAGCUGGAAAACGGGACGACCCUGGGACAGUCUCCACUGGGGCAGAUCCAGCUGACCAUCCGGCACAGCUCGCAGAGAAACAAGCUGAUCGUGGUUGUGCAUACCUGCAGAAACCUCAUUGCCUUCUCUGAAGACGGCUCUGACCCCUACGUCCGCAUGUAUUUAUUACCAGACAAGAGGCGAUCAGGAAGGAGGAAAACACAUGUGUCAAAGAAAACAUUAAAUCCAGUGUUUGAUCAAAGCUUUGAUUUCAGUGUUUCGUUACCGGAGGUGCAAAGGAGAACUCUCGACGUCGCCGUGAAGAACAGUGGCGGCUUCCUGUCCAAAGACAAAGGGCUCCUUGGCAAAGUAUUGGUUGCUCUGGCAUCUGAAGACCUUGCCAAAGGCUGGACCCAGUGGUAUGACCUCACGGAAGACGGGACGAGGCCUCAGGCCAUGACAUAGCCGCACCAGGCGGGAGGGAGGCACCCUCCUCAGCGGAGCACCUCCCCCUCCACCCGGAACACACCCUCUCACAGACGUACCAAUGUUAUUUUUAUAAUUUCAUGUAUUUAGUUAUACAUACCUUAAUAGUUUUAUAAAAUUGUUGACAUUUUAGGCAAAUUUGGCCAAUAUUAUCGUUAAAUUUUGUAUGUUGGAUUUCCUCUAGGAUUUCGCCAAUUCCUACAAUGUGCAAUAGGGUGGUGAUAGCCCUUGUGUCUGUGGACUCUGCUCAGCUGUGUCUGUAGGAGGCGGGUGUGUCUGUGCUUUAUUAUGGCCUUGUUUAUACAUCACUCAGUAUCCUAUGCCAUGUAAAUAGAUUCUAUUUUUUAUAAUCUUUACAUGCUGGUUUAAAUGCAGAAGAAAAUAGAUCAAGGAAAUAUAUAUUUUCUUCUAAAACUUAAUAAAUUCUUGUGACAAAUAAUCAUUUUCCUCUUUGCAGCAAAAAGUUCUCAGUGACCUAUUUUGUGGUAUUUCUUUUUAAAAAGAAAAGCUGAAAGAUAAAAUGUUAGUAUGUUUCUGCCCAUUAUGAAUGAUGAAAUAAAGUAAUCAAAAUAUUAACAUUUUCAUAAAUAUAAGGAUGUAUUAUUGAGAAGUAAGUUGAAGGGCUUAUAAAGAAAAAUGUUUUAUAACUGAGUAAUAUAAGAUAUUAAGAGAAUUGUCAUGGUUCAUAAAUUAUAUUGUACUAAUCUGAAAUUUCCUACGUAAAAAUGAAAUGUCUUGUUUAUUUUAAUUGCUGUUAUAAGUUACUUAUGAAACAGUAUACAGACACCUUGUUCUUUUCCUAAAAUAGAAGAACAGACUUUCAAUAUUAGCAAUUAAGCUACUGCCAAAUAGUCAUGGGCUUUGGGAAUUUUCAGUGUCUUCCCAGCCUGUAGAAAACAGAAAGUGCACAUUGUCCUUUUAAAGGUUGUGAGGUAGACUGGGAUGCGUCGCUAGGAAAUUGCAUUAGAAAUUGAAAGCUCGA